CUGACAGGAACACACAUACACACUCGGCCACGCGCGCGCCGCCCUGCCCCACUCGCGCCGCGCGGGUCUCCUCCGGCCGCAUUGUCCGCCGACCGGUGAAAGGUCCACAUCCCACCUCAACAUGUCGCGGCGAAGCCAGCGUCUCACACGUUACUCUCAGGUUGAUGAUGAUGGCGGCAGCAGCAGCAGCGGAGGGAGCUCGGUGGCCGGGAGCCAGAGCACCCUGUUUAAGGACAGUCCUCUGAGGACCUUGAAGAGGAAAUCCAGCAACAUGAAGCGCCUGUCCCCAGCACCACAGCUGGGCCCCUCCUCUGAUGCGCACACCUCCUACUACAGCGAGUCCAUGGUCCGGGAGUCCUACAUAGGCAGCCCCCAGGCCGUGUCCCUCGCCAGGAGCGCCCUCCUUGAUGACCACCUGCACAAUGAGCCCUACUGGGGUGAGGACCUGCAUGUGCGGAGGAGGAGGGGCACAGGUGGCACCGACAGCAGCAAGGCCAAUGGGCUGGCAGAGAGCAAGGCCACCGAGGACUUCCUGGGCUCCUCCUCUGGCUACUCUUCCGAGGACGACUUCGCGGGCUACGCGGACAUGGAGCAGCAGAGUUCAGGGUCCAAGUUAGGGAGCGUGGUCUCCCAGGCAGGCUCCUUUGCCUGGGCGGUGGUCACUUUUCCAGGCCGGCUCUUCGGGCUUCUCUACUGGUGGCUUGGCACUACUUGGUACCGCCUGACGACGGCAGCCUCGCUCCUGGAUGUCUUUGUUUUAACCAGGCGCUUCUCAUCUCUCAAGACGUUCCUCUGGUUUCUCCUGCUGCUACUGCUCCUGACAGGCCUGACCUAUGGUGCUUGGUACUUCUACCCCUUUGGACUGCAGACAUUGCACCCCGCGGUGGUCUCCUGGUGGGCAGCGAGUGUGAGCAGGAAGCAGCCUGAGGUGUGGGACUCCAGAGACUCAGCCCCGCAUCUCCAGGCAGAGCAGCGCAUUCUGUCCCGAGUACACUCCCUGGAGCGGCGCCUGGAGGCCCUGGCUGCCGAGCUUUCCUCCAACUGGCAGAGGGAGUCCAUUCGGCUAGAGCGCCUGGAGCUGCGGCAGGGGGCCUCUGGGCAGGGGGGUGGCAGUGGCCUGAGCCACGAGGACACCCUGGCACUCCUGGAGGGGCUGGUGAGCCGCCGGGAGGCUGCCCUGAAGGAGGACUUCCGCAGGGACACUGCCAUGCGCAUCCAGGAAGAAGUGGCCACCGUGAGGGCGGAACAUCACCAGGACUCGGAGGACCUCUUCAAGAAGAUUGUCCAGGCUUCCCAGGAGUCUGAGGCGCGCAUCCAGCAGCUCAAGUCAGAGUGGCAGAGGAUGACCCAGGAGGCCAUCCGGGAGAACUCUGCGCAGGAGCUGGGGCGGCUGGAGGCCCAGCUGGCCGGCCUGCGGCAGGAGCUGGCGGCUCUGACCCUGAAGCAGAGCUCAUUGGAGGACGAAGUGGGGCUGCUGCCUCAGAAGAUCAAGGCCAUGAGGGAGGAAGUGGAAUCUCAGUUCCCCGCCUGGGUCGGUCACUUCCUCCUGCAAGGUGGGGGUGCCCGCGCCGGGCUCCUCCAGAGAGAGGAGGUACAAGCUCAGCUGCAGGAACUGGAGAGCAAGAUCCUUGCCCACGUGACCGAGAUGCAGGGCAAGUCAGCUCAGGAGGCCGCAGCCUUGCUGGGACGGACACUGCAAAAAGAAGGCGUGGUCGGGGUGACAGAGGAGCAGGUGCACCGGAUCGUAAAGCAGGCCCUGCAGCGCUACAGCGAGGACCGCAUCGGGAUGGUGGACUACGCGCUGGAAUCAGGAGGGGCCAGCGUUAUCAGUACCCGAUGUUCAGAGACCUACGAGACCAAGACUGCCCUCCUCAGCCUCUUUGGCAUCCCACUGUGGUACCACUCCCAGUCACCCCGGGUCAUUCUCCAGCCAGACGUGCACCCCGGCAACUGCUGGGCCUUCCAGGGACCCCAGGGGUUCGCUGUGGUCCGUCUCUCUGCUCGCAUCCGGCCCACGGCUGUCACCUUAGAACACGUCCCCAAGGCCCUGUCACCCAACAGCACCAUCUCCAGUGCCCCCAAGGACUUUUCCAUCUUCGGCUUUGAUGAAGACCUGCAGCAAGAGGGCACGCUUCUUGGCACGUUCACCUACGAUCAGGAUGGGGAGCCCAUUCAGACCUUCUACUUCCAGACCCCUAAAAUGGCCGCGUACCAAGUGGUGGAGCUGCGGAUCCUGACCAACUGGGGCCACCCUGAGUACACCUGCAUCUACCGCUUCCGGGUGCACGGGGAGCCCUCCCACUAGCCCCGAAUCUCUGCCUGCUGCCAGCCAGGGGCCACAGCCUUCCCUGCACACACUCUGCUCCAGGACAGGCGCGCAGCGCCCCACCGCUGCCCCCGCACGCUUGACCAGCGCUCUGACUUCUGGGGGCAAGAAAGAAGAGCCUGGCCCCAGGGAGAAGAGAAAGCAAGCACCGGGUCCCCUGCACCCUCCGCCCCCCGACUGGGCCGCCGAGUGUACAUACGUAGCAUGCUGUAGGGGCUGGGAGGCAGGAGGUGAGGCCUGCCCCGACCCACGUGGAAGUGUGUGGGUGAAGCAGGUGCCCGGCCCAGGUGGGUGGAGCCAGGGCCUCGGGAGGUGCAUGGUGCCCUGCUCAGUCAGGGAAGCACCGCCCUGGAGGAGCCUGCUCAGUACCUGUAGGCUGGGACUGUCCCCGGGGCAGGAGACCCCCUGCAAGGCUGGUGCCAGUGGCCCGGGGAAGCCGGCCCCCCAGGACCGCCAAGGGUCUCUAGAAGCUGAAUUUGUCCAGGGUAUUGGAGGGCUGCCACCUGUGCCAGCCUGUAGGAUCCCCUUUGCUGGGAUGGCCUUUGCUUUUUCUCUGCGGAUGCCAGGGUGAGGGCUGCCCUGCAGUGUUCCUCAGUGGGCCUGGCUGUGCCCCGGAGCAAGCUUCACACAUUCCCCAGGCUAUGGGUUGCCCAGGCCUGUCUGGGGGCGGGGAGCAGGGGGCUUCCUGGCCUCUCCUGGUCAGUGAUGAUGACAGUGUCAUUCAGGAUGUCAGGUGGAGGGAGGGCUGUCUGUAUUGGCCCACUGCCCCCUUAAGCGGGCCUAGGGAGGGCUCUUUCUCAGGCUCCCCCUUGGGCUCUCUGCUCCCCCUCAGAUGUUUCCUUUCUGGCUCCUCUGCAGGGGCAGUUGGGUGGGAGCUGGGCGGGAUGUGGAGGAAAGGGGCUUUUAGACCAACAGGCCCUGCUGUAUUAUGUAUAUAUUUUUCAAGGUCUGUUUUUUAACUGAAAAGCUAAGGGCUUGAUUCUUAGCCCCGUUCUGUGGGGCACCGGGUGGUUCCCAGUUCCUUGGUCCCAGCCUGUGGGGAGGGGGACGAGGGGCUGUGGGCAGGCGGGUGCCCAGCGCCUUACAGGACCGGGCCCCGCUCAGCCCUGUCUCCGCUCAGCCCUGUCCCUGCCCCGAGACGACCAGGUCUUACUCUGCGCUCUCCUGUCACAAUGCUGCACUGUUGGUUCUUAAUUUUUUUAAUCUCCAGAUUCUAAUUUAUGCCUAUGCAAAAAAUAAAGGAUGCCCAGGAUCAGUGGAA